AUGUUUGCCAAAGCUCUGCGCAGCAACGCCCACGUCGUCGCCGGCGUCGGCGCCUUCACGCUCGGUAUCGCCGGCGGCCUACACCGCCCGGCUACGACCAGCGCCCCCGCGGCGCCGAUCACGCUUGAAGAAAUCGCAACGCGACUUCGCGCCAUCGAGCACGACCUUGGGCUCAAGCCCGUGGAGGCUGAAGACGCCAAGCCCAAGUACAACAACUACCCGGUCUUGUCGCCGAAGCACCGGUCGCUCAUGGCCAAGAACCUCACGCCUGAGAUCUACCACAAGCUCGCGGGUCGCGCGACGGCGUCCGGCUACACGCUCGACCAAGCGAUCCAGACCGGCAUCGACACGCCGCACCUUGGCGUCGGCAUUGUCGCUGGCGACGAAGAGUCGUACGUGACCUUCAAGGAGCUCAUGGACCUCGUCAUCGAAGGCUGGCACGGCUACAAGCCCUCGGACAAGCACCACUCGGACAUGGACUACACCAAGAUCAAGAACGGUGACAUUCCGUCGUCGUACGUCGAGUCGACACGCAUCCGUGCUGGUCGCAGCGUCCGCGGCCUCGCGCUUCCGCCGGGCACGUCCCGCGGCGAGCGCCGUGAAGUCGAGCGCGUGCUCUCCAAGGCUCUCGGCAACCUCCUUGGCGAUCUCCGUGGCAAGUACUACCCGCUGAGCAAGAUGACCAAGAACGAAGAACAGCAGCUCAUCGACGACCACUUUCUCUUCCAGAAGCCCGGCGGCGGCACACUCCUCACGAACGCGGGUGCGGCGCGCGACUGGCCCGAUGGCCGUGGCAUCUUCCACAACGACCAAAAGACGUUCCUUGUCUGGGUCAACGAGGAAGACCACAUGCGCGUCAUCUCGAUGGAGAACACGGGCAACGUCAAGAACGUCUUUGAGCGCUUCUGCCGCGGCGUCGCCGACGUCGAGAAGGUCGUCAAGGCCGAGGGCCGCGAGUACAUGUACGACGACCACCUUGGGUUCAUCUGCACGUGCCCGUCCAACCUCGGCACGGGUCUUCGCGCCAGUGUCAUGAUCAAGUUCCCCAAGCUCUCGGAGAACUCGGACCAGUUCUACGCCCUCUGCGAUGCGCUCGGCCUCCAAGCGCGCGGCGCCAAGGGCGAGCACUCGCCGCCAGGUCCUGGUGGCGUCUAUGACGUCUCCAACAAGGCGCGCAUCGGCUACUCCGAGGUCGAGCUCGUGCAAACCAUGAUUGACGGUAUCUGGAAGCUCAUCGAUCUCGAAGAAGACCUCAAGAAGGGUCUCUCGAUCCAGAAGAAGGUGGCGGCGCUCGGCGUCAAGGUCACCAAGGGCGGCCAUUAAGCGACCGAUGCGUCUCUCCGUCGUACGACCACUUGGUAAAGGGAUCCACAAUACAGAGACGUCUCUUGGUCAUCCACGU